AUGAGGCAACAACGAGUGCUGUACUGGAACACUAGUAAAGUUCCAGCCACGAUGAGGCAGCAACGAGUGCUGUACUGGAACACCAGUAAAGUUCCAGCCACGAUGCGGCAGCAACGAGUGCUGUACUGGAACACCAUAAAGUUCCAGCCACGAUGCGGCAACGACGAGUGCUGUACUGGAACACCAGUAGAGUUCCAGCCACGAUGCGGCAGCAACGAGUGCUGUACUGGAACACCAGUAAAGUUCCAGCCACAAUGCGGCAGCAACGAGUGCUGUACUGGAACACCAGUAAAGUUCCAGCCACGAUGCGGCAGCAAUGAGUGCUGUACUGGAACACCAGUAAAGUUCCAGCCACAAUGCGGCAGCGACGAGUGCUGUACUGGAACACCAGUAAAGUUCCAGCCACAAUGUACUGGAACACCAGUAAAGUUCCAGCCACAAUGCGGCAGCAAUGAGUGCUGUACUGGAACGCCAGUAAAGUUCCAGCCACGAUGCAGCAGCGACGAGUGCUGUACUAGAACACCAGUAGAGUUCCAGCCACAAUGCGGCAGCAACGAGUGCUGUACUGGAACACCAGUAAAGUUCCAGCCACAAUGCGGCAGCAAUGAGUGCUGUACUAGAACACCAGUAGAGUUCCAGCCACGAUGCGGCAGCAACGAGUGCUGUACUGGAACACCAGUACAGUUCCAGCCAUGA